CUACCUAUGACCUCGUCUACCGUAAGUCCUUAACGUUGAACUGUUUCUUAUUCUUCUUAAUUUGAGAAACACUAACACUGAGAGUAAGAUGGGAGUUAUUGGCUUUGAAAUAAAUGGGAAUUCUGCUUCUACUUUGCAUCAUGGUUGGAAUUCGUUCUCUUCUUAUGCAAUUCCUAAUCCUAUUUCUUCGAGACCCUUCUUUGGUAAUGCUUUGAACGCAAGAGUUGCAAGGAAAUUUCAGUUUCGGGUCUCUCGUACUGCAAAGCUCAGUUUUGGGCCAGUUAUUGUUUCUCUUAAUGGUGGUUCUAAUGCUGGGCUUCUUCCCAAGGAGUUGGAAUUUAAGCCAUCCUUCGACGAAUAUUUGAAGGCUAUGGAAUCUGCCAAAACUGUUAGGGGCAAGAAGCAUGCUGAUGAUGCUACUAUUCAAAAACAGAAGACAAGGGGAAAGGGAGAUGAAGGAAAAGUAAAUAAAAAAAUUAGAAGGGUUGGAGAGAAAAUUGAUAGAAAAGAUGGGUUUGAAGCUGCUAAAGAAGACGUGGCAUUAAAAGAAUGCUCUUCCAUAAGUAAUGGUAAGGUAAGAGGAACACCAACUAAAGGAUUUAAAAAUAAAUAUGAUGAGAAAGGAAGCAAACUUGAUGUAAAGGCGAAGCAGAAACAUGGAGGGAAGAUAAGACAAGAUGCGUGGUCGAAACGCCAGAGUCGUGGUUUAGAACCAGAAUCUGAUGACUGCAGUGUGGUUAAGAGUCAAGGAAAAAGUGGAAGUGGAAGGAUUAGCAAUAACAUAAUUAGGUCUAAUUCGAAUGGUAGCCGUGGGAAUGUCGUAGAGAGGGGAGUCACUAGUGAUUUAUAUUCUUCAAAGAUGUCAAGAGAAAAGGUUGUUAGUAGCAGACAAAGGGAUUACAACGCACAGAGUAAAACCCCUGGUGGAGAUAAAAUUUUAGCUAGCACAAAAGUUAUGGAUGGAAGGCUUGGCGGAAGACAUACUGAAAUUGAGAGUUUGAUAAAUAGAAAUGGACCAGCAAAUAUCAAAUUGAACAUGAGCAGUAAGCGUUUCGUUGCUAGGGAUUAUGAUUCUGACAACGUGGAUCUGGAACGAGCAGCAUUCAAGAAUCUAGACGACAACAAUGUUAUCAGCAAGCAACAAUUUUCCCAUAAGGCAAUGGAGGAGAGAAUCCAAAAGCUAGCCAGAUUAUUGAAUGGUGCAGAUAUCAAUUUACCUGAAUGGGUGUUUUCUAAGAUGAUAAGAAGUGCAAAGCUCAAAUUUAAUGACUAUUCUAUAACGAGGGUUAUCAUACUCUUGGGAAAACUAGGAAACUGGCGGCGAGUGAUACAGGUCAUUGAAUGGCUUCAAAGGCGUGAGCGCUUCAAGUCCUAUAAGCUAAGGCAUAUAUAUACUGCUGCUCUUGAUGCACUUGGAAAGUCGAGGAGACCUGUAGAGGCACUAAAUGUCUUUCAUGCAAUGCAGCAACAAAUGUCCUCAUAUCCUGAUUUAGUUGCUUAUCAUAGUAUAGCUGUCACUCUUGGACAAGCAGGGCACAUGAAGGAACUCUUUGAUGUGAUUGAUAUUAUGCGAUCGCCACCAAAGAAGAAGUUUAAAACAGGGAUACUUGAGAAGUGGGACCCAAGGCUGGAACCAGAUAUUAUAGUCUAUAAUGCAGUUCUUAAUGCUUGCGUUAAGCGGAAACAGUGGGAAGGGGCCUUUUGGGUUUUACAGGAGUUAAAGAAGCUAGGCAAACAACUUUCUGCCUCAACUUAUGGCCUAAUUAUGGAGGUGAUGUUUUCAUGUGGCAAGUACAACCUGGUUCAUGAUUUUUUCAGAAAACUUCAGAAAUCUUCCAUUCCCAAUUCAUUGACAUAUAGAGUUCUCGUGAAUACAUUUUGGAAAGAGGAAAAAACUGAUGAGGCUGUGUUGGCUGUCCAAGAAAUGGAAAGACGUGGAAUUGUAGGUUCUGCUUCUCUUUAUUAUGAUCUUGCCCGAUGCCUCUGUGCAGCAGGAAGAACUCACGAGGCAUUGAUGCAGAUAGACAAGAUAUGUAAGGUUGCAAAUAAACCACUGGUUGUGACCUACACUGGCUUGAUGCAAGCAAGUCUAGACUCUGGAAAGAUUCAAGACGGAGCAUAUAUUUUUAAGAAAAUGAAGGAAAUUUGUGCUCCCAAUCUGGUUACUUAUAACAUAAUACUGAAAGCUUACCUGGAACACGGGAUGUUUCAAGAAGCUAAAGAGCUAUUUGAGCAGAUGUCAGAAAACACAAAUCACCUGAGGGAAAAUACUGAUUACAAAAUGCGGGUGAUACCAGAUAUAUAUACAUUCAACACCAUUUUAGAUGCAUGUGUUGCACAGAAGAGAUGGGAUUAUUUUGACCAUGUCUAUCAAAGGAUGCUGUGCCAUGGUUACCACUUCAAUCCAAAACGUCAUCUUCGAAUGGUAUUGGAGGCUUCAAGAGCUGGAAAGGAAGGGCCUUUGGAGAUAACAUGGAAGCACUUAACGGAUACAGAUCGUAUUCUACCAACUCCUCUGAUCAUGGAGAGGUUUUUUGUGAAGCUUGAGAAAGAUGACUAUGUUGCUUCUCUCACAUGUAUCACCAAUAAUCCCCAAAAAGACUUGCUGACAUUUUCCAAGUCGUCGUGGUUGAAUCUAUUCAAAGAAAAUUCUCAACGGUUUAAGAAGGAUACACUUGUUAGACUAAUGAAUGAUGCUAGCAAUAUAGUUUCCAAUAGUAGCUUGCCCAAUCCAAUACUCGUGUAUUUAAUCCAAUCAUGCAAAGAAUUUCUUUUAGCCACUGACCUUAUUGCAGCUGACAUAGAUUCAGUGAAAAAUGUAUCUGCAGUAGAAAGUAAACAGGUCGUUGCCCACUCUAGAUGAACAUUUCUAUCCAAAGCUUUGUAAUAUAUACUCAACCAAAAUCUAAUG